UAACUAAUACACACAAUAUGACAGAUGAUAGUGAGCCACGAGAUUCCGCGCACGUGUGUAGUGAGUAUAUCAUUUAUAGCAAAAAAGGAGUUAAAAAAAGAAUCGGAACCGACUUAUACGCGAUAUGAUCCUCUUCGUCUCCCGCCUACCUACGCCUACGACUCGUCGUGCUCCAGGUCGUAAGACACGAGUCGUGAGUCGUGACGCCACGAGCGAGAUUAUUUAAAAAUGGCGGACGCGUCGUCUUCCGACACUACCUCAGACUAUUGCAACGAGAGUUUCUCUGACAUUACGUCGGAAAAAUCGGAGUUCGUCGUGGUGGGACGCAAGCCGUGUCCGUCGCAUCGACGUAGCAAAAAAAAUUUUCUGCAGAAGCUGCUGAUAAGGGAGACAAGAGGAUGUCUAUCAGCGCACAAUUAUGCAUCAGAAGAAAGACUGUUUACAGCUGUACCUAAAUGGCGACAUUUGUCUCUUUUACACGUAAUUCCAAAAUCAGCGCUCGAAGCAGGGCACAUUGUUAUGGGAUUGACUCAGUGCGGUCAGUUUCUGCUCACAUAUACAUACAUGGUGGACGUCAAUAGUAAUACGUCCUUGUUUAAAUACCUAUUACACUGGUGGGCCUUCACACCAAACCAUGUCGCUCGCAAAGUUGCCGAAGUUACAUUGUUUGGCAAUUAUUCAAUUUAUAGGGAAUUAAGCAUAGUUAUAUCGCAAUGGCCAAUGGAGCGGAAUAAGCUUGUAAUACAUGGCCUCUGUACAAAUUUCUUACAUUUACAAUCGACUGAUAGAGCAUAUUUAACUAUAACGACGGUACCUUCUCUGGAGAACUGCAAAGAUUGCCUGAAGGUCGCUGCGUCAUAUGAGGAAGAAGGUGAAGAAUUAGCUGCAAAUUGGGAUUGCGGCGUACGAUGUAAUUGCUUGCAACACGGUCUCACGGUUCACACCACGUAUGAAGUCAUCUCGCCGUAUCCGAAAUUUCGAGCUAAAGUGUGUUUGAAUUAUUGGAAUCACGUGGUGGUCAAUACGGGAAACUUCCUCCACGUUCUUAAAGUAGAUUUGAAUAUACCCGAGUCUAAGUCGAAGAAUCAAAAGACGUGCGAUAAACCGAAUACCUCUGAUUCCAUAGUUCCGGAUACAAUCCCAUUGGAUAUGAGUGACGCCGAGGAGACGGAUUACUCGACGAAGGCAGAGCGAUACGAGAGUUCGGACGAAAAAGUAGGCACGCCAGAAUGCCCGCUUGAUCGAUCCCCGAAAUGCGAAUCCAGUCUGGAACACGACUUUCUAGACGAGGCAAUUAAGUUAGACCCAAAAGUGGGACGCGAUUUACCGUUAAAUACCUCAAGCAGCAAUCAAAGCGACUUUGUCUGUGAUAUAACUUGUAAGUUUACCGCUGCCGAUGCUUUAAAUGUUAAGUUAUGUGAAUGCUCGGAUACGACCGAGCAGUGCAAGUGCCGAAAUAAUAGCAACAGCAGCCCCGUCUCCCAGCGGUCGGGAAGUGGUGUCGAACAAACGGCCAUUUCGGUCCGAGACAAGAUCCUGCAAGAUUUUUGCGAAGACACGUCGCAGGAACUCAAUAUCGGCAGCGAUCUGAUCACCCUGGUGAAACAUCCGUCGUGUUCGCCGCGCUCGACGCCGCAGAGGCUGCCCGCCGAUCUCAGGACGAUAACAGCGACCUGGUCGUCACCGAUACUCACCCCGCCGUCAGAUAUUCUGCGCACUCGCAAUUCGGAAUCUAGUCAUAGAACCCAGAUCCAACGGACUAACAGCCAACUGACUAGCAGCCAACAAUCCAGUUGUUCUAGUUCGUCGCAGUCCACAACUUCUUCGGACAAUUCCGUGGCUUCCAUAAGUUCGCCGUUGCAGUCCGUUUCAAUCAGUAGCCCGUCGUCUUCGUAUUCGUCCCGUUUGAUGUCGCCGCCCAUCGCGACCAGAUCUUUUCGUCAUCCGAGCCCGCGCAAGAGAUCGAAUCUGCAUUCGCCUCCGCCUGUUGUCAACUCGAAUCAGUCGACGAGAACGACAAGAGCGACACACAAACUCACCCUCGAAGCGGAAAAGGCGUAUGAGUUUACAGAUGAAACGCAAGAGACGACCUGCGAGAAGCUCAGCUCGUAUAGAAAACGCCGACUUGCCGACAAGAAGUACGAGUUUUGCGAUGAAACAGAGGACGCGGAGAAUAUAGUUCCUUUCAAGCACAUACGCGAUCAAUCCAGGCACCGGGGCGCGUGCUCUAUACAUUUGAUAUCCUCUUCACCAGCAAUAUCGCCAGCGGUUUUGCCGAACGGCCGAAGACACUGGUUCGACUUGGAUCAGAACGAAUCGGACGAAUUGAAUCUUGCUCAAGAUAUAGCCAACGAUUUGUCGAAUCUUGAAUCAGCUGAGAAAAAUGUACUUCGACCGUUGAAUCAGAACCAACUGUCUAAUGGAAGCGUGCGUGACAGAGACCGUGUCGGCAAGUGUUGUCCGAAUUUUUCGCCUUUGGUUCCUAAGAAUAACUUGCAGUAUCCUUCGAUAAAGUGCACUGCACGUUUCAAACGGAACUACAUAGAGCUCGACGACGAAAUGAUAUCAGUGAUCACGGAUGUAGAAGAUAUUUAUACAGAUGAAGAGACAGGAGGCUAUGUAAGUUAUCAAUGUGUACUUCCAAUGCUUGUACAUGGUUCUGGAUAUGUUCAAAUGCAGAUGAUCAGUAAUACUAAAGCAGAAAAACUGAUAGUGCCGUGUGUCUCUAUAACUCAAUUGAGUUUCGAUAUCGAAACUUUCUCUCACCAUAUAGCGGAAUGGAUUUGUACGAGAUUCAAGAAAAACUAUUGGCAUUGCAGCGACUAUGACAUCGAAAUAAUCGAUGUAUGUGCGCUUACUGGCGACAUUAUAUGUUUACAUAUAAUGAAGAUCCAGGCAAGUGAAUUAUAUAGUCAAACACAAUGUACACAAGAAAGAAAACAAUACGAAGUUGGAUGUAAGUUUACGUGGAACAUCGAGACGAGCCAGUAUAGAAUAACAGAUGUAUUGCCGAUGGAAGAGGUGAAACCGGAUUUCUGGAAGCCGACUCUUACGAAUGUACCGAAUUUUCGUAGCCAGGUAUGGAAUCCGACGCGACGUUUGGCUACGCAGUUACGUGAAAAGAUUCAACAACCGUACGCGCAUACCGUACGUUUUCUGCACAAUGAGAUGAGUUUAGCAGGCGAAUCUAUCACCAAACUCACCGAUCUAGAUAAUCUGGUGCAGUUUUAUCUAACGCCAAUAGAACGAACGAACGACACCUUAAUAGAGUGAAGAAAACACAGAAGCCAUCUCAAACUUCAUUGCAAACAAUAAUUUAUUUAUUAAUACAAAUUUCGCCGUUUAUGCUAAUUUAUGCGCCUAGCAUAUCACGGCAUAUAAUGUAAAUAGGAAAUGUAUUCCGCGUUUUACUUAUGACAAAUAACAAAGAGUACCUUCUUUUCUAGCAUAAAUAAUAGUCACAAGGAGAAGAAUAUAUAAGCGCCAUAUAUAGAAUUCUCACUACGUUUUUUUUCGUGUUGCCAAGAGCGUAACGAUUAAGUUGCGACGUGACUUGUUCAUAACUUAGAGAUACCAUAGACUAAAGGUACUAAUUAAUGAUACAACGAAGUUUUAAGCGUUUUGCUCCACAAUUUGUAAAAUUUAUCAGCAUUAUAGUAUAUUCUGACAUUAAUGCUAUCUCUACGCUAUCAUGGUAACUGUACUUUGGUAAGUAGUAGAUGUAGGUGGCUAAACUGAUUGUCAAUAAAUAUAUUGUAAUAUGAUUCAAAGAAAGAGAAAGAAAAGAGAUAAUGGCGAUAAUAUCGGCUCGAUGCUUGGUCCCUAAAAUUAUAAUUCACGAUUUAAACCCCUAAAAAAAGAAGGAAAAUUGGAAAAUCUUUCCUAUACAUGAUAUAUACUGAAAGAAUUUGCUCCCUCACAUACAUAUACAUAUAUAAAUAUAUAUAUAUAGGACCAAACGCAUACAAUUACAUACUUAAUUUUUCAUUAUCACAAGAUUAUUGUAUCAUAAAGGCGUUUUCCAAAUAGAGUUUUGAUAUUAGCGUAUUAUUAUAUAUGUACAUAAAUGCGCGAUUUUUAUUAUCAUUAAACGCGUUCAUUGCAAUUCCGUAUUAUUAAAGAAUUACCAUUACUGUGUGGCAAUUUUGAGAUUUCAAAGAAGUGAUUUGAUUUUAAAAGCAAUGAUAUCGAAGCUGACAAGAUAGAUUGUUCUCUGGAUUUGCAAUAAACUUUGUGUCAUUAUUUAAUAAUAGAGAUGCUCUUGAA